CAAAAAAGAACACUGGGCGCUAGUCUCCUGGCCCGUAAUUUACGUCGCGCGUUGUUGUCGGUUGUCGCUGUCGCUGUUCGGUAUAAUGCCCUCUCUCUCAGACCAGAUCGACCAUCUGACUUCCCUCUCGAAAUCCAUCAAAGCCAGUGCUGAUGGGUUUCCGACUUCCGAUGGGCUUUUUACAACAGCUGUCCUUAACACUGCUCUUGGCGACCUAAUUCGUGACAUCGACUCAUCCGAACUCGGGCUUUUCACACUAGUGCAUCCUCCGUCUCAUGUACCAGCUGAGUCGGAAGCGAGGGGUGUGAUUUCCCGUGUAGAGUUUCCUGGUGCUACGCCUCUGAGGAAACCACCUUCCCGAAGGCAAGAAAUAACAAAACCGAGAGAGUAUGAGCCAGAGGUCUAUGCCCAGGCUGCGUUAAAGUACUUGGAUCAGUAUCACUCGAUUCGCCCAAUGCCUCGUGCCAGAUCCCAGGUCCAGGGACUCAUUAACCAGCUGGAUGAAACUCGACGGAACAUCAGAAAUCUUAGUGAUACAUUACAGCAGUUAACAAGUGGCAAUCCCGCAUUAGACCCCAGCCCGCAAGAAUCAACUGCAGCAGAUGAGGAACGGCGCAUACAAGAUCUCCAGGCUCGGCUCACGGAACUGCGUAAACAGAAAGAUGACCUUCUUCGCACCUCCAAUCCUGCUCCCAAGCCCAAGCCCGCUCCAGGACUAGCUAGGGCUCCUUCACCUCUGAACAUACCUGAGACCCAGGAAGAGAUGUUCUGGAACACGCCUGCUGCCUCGGCGCGUACGCUUCGCUUCACUGAAAAGCUCAUGGACGAGGAGGUGGACAUCAACGACGUAUCAGUCAUAUCCUUCACGAGCCCGGUUCCUCGGCCUCGGUCCGUUUUGUUAUCUUUAGGUCUUCCUGUGGACGACGAUUCCAUAGAUAAUGAAGGACACGAUAAUGGACAGGAUGAUUCUGUGGUGCCUGAUCCAUCAGAUGAGGAAGAACUCCCAGGUAAAUGUGAUGAGCUGGAGGUGGACGAUGGGGAUGGAGAACAAACUGUAGUUCUCAAGAAGCUGCCGUCAUCAUCGAUCCAAAACCUCGUGCCGCCAGAAAGUUUUACACCUCCUGAGACGCCUUUGCCAGCACAUCCAGAAUUGCAACCCCCUGCUGUAGUGCCUUCUGCGUCCGCAAGAAAGCCGCGUAUGAAUACGGAGAUGGAGAAAAUUGUGACGAAGAUAUGGAGCACGGUGGGCGAGAUCAUCAUGCCCGGCCAUCCUUUCGAUCCCACUGGGUCGGUGUCAGGGGGAAGCAAACCUCCGAGGGCAAAGGAGACUCUCGCCCAUCUUGAAUCCAUCUCCUCCCAGACCCCCUCUCCGACAUCACCCACCGCAUCUUCAUUUUCAUCGCUUGCGCCCACGGUGACCAUUGGCCAGCCCACUUCACAACAGAUCGCAACCUGUCAACUUUUGCUCGCCCUGCUGAAGCAGCCCAGCUUCUCGAUGUCGCUCAAUAAACUCAAGGACGCGCUAGCGGGAAGUGGUGGGGCGGGCGGCACGCGAACGCUGUAUGCUUGUGUAGCGAAGAAGUUGAUAAAGAUUGAGCGAGGGGGUGGGGAGCAGGUGGUUAAAUUUGAUGUUUGAUUUCCUGGUCUCUUCAUUCGAUGCAGUGCGUAACCCUCUCUAGGAGCGUACGCAGAUGUUUCCCUUGAGACCUUUUCAGACAGAUAUCUUGUCGGGUCGCUUGGAGGUACCACAUCUUAGCCCCUUCUGUUCAUUACUUGUUUGAGCGUCCACGAAUGUCCAGGGGGAUGUCCAUGAAGCAUUGUGGACAAUUCCUCGUGGACGGUCGUGUACUCGUUAUACUUUCCUCGACUUACCCAAAAACAUGCAGGGAAAUAGACUUGCUCUCAUCGAUGGCAAUGUCAGCCAGCCGUGCACCGUCAUAAUAAGAUCCUGGGCUAGGUACAGUGAGUCACUAACUAUGGCUGGAGUACACG